AUGGCCAAGUUGACCGACUUGCCAGCCGAGCUAGUCCACCAGAUCAUCAGCCACAUCCUCCUUGAUCAAGCCAACAAACAGUCUUACACAAUCAGUGACCGAAUCAUCAAUGAUGAGCUCCAUCAUAAGCUGAACCACAUAACCGGAAUCAAGCCGGUUGACUCGCGGCCAAGAGCACCCAUCCAACGGAAAAGCUCCUCCCAUCUUUACUCGUAUCAGCCUGACCAGGACUAUGAACAAGCCCCAAGCUCACUGCGUCAAGUUUCAUGGCCAGAAUGUAUACCAUCUAAUCCUUGUAUACCACUUUCCUUGGUCAGUCGCACCUUUCAACAAUGUGCUCAAGAGAGGCUGUUCAAGGAUGUGGUCCUAGAGGACCGAUGGCAGGCCUACUUAUUCCAUCGGGUCUUGACUGGGGCGAGCCGCUCGACGGGUGACCCGAUCGAGGUCCAAGCUGGCCAACGCAACACUCGGAAACGCACUCGGAGGGACGCGACGAGUAUCCAGUCUUCAAUUCCCAAACAACAACAACAACAACAACAUCUGGGUAGACAUGUCCGCACCUUGCAGUUCAUGUGGCCCGGGUAUUGUUCGAUGGGCAAGGGCGGCGGCUCUCUGAUCUGCGAAAUCAUCCAAAGCUGUCCUUCGCUCGAGAACGUGGUGAUCAGUAACACCCUCCUGUAUAGCGUCAAGGAGUCCAUUUACCAUGCCCUUGCCAGUCGCAAAUCGAUCAAGGAAUUCGUCAUCCUCCAGAACCCUUGCUCAGGAUUUCACAGUGCUUAUCAAUGGCGCGUCGACGACAUCGUUGGCCGCUUAUUCUCGGAUUGGGACCUGCUAGAGACGGUCGAGUUUCGCGGGCUUUCUGGCGGACCGGCAAGCCGUGAGCAACAGGCGCCUGUUCCACAGUUGUUCCCGAUCCCCAAUUGUAGCCUACGGACAAUCAUCUUGUACGGGCCUGAUCUGGACGAGAAGGAUUUCAACCUUCUCUUGAAGAGUUCCCAAGGGAGCUUACGGACACUCGAGAUCAUCCAUCCAACCGAGAGACUCAGCCGAGCCGGGCUGUGUUGGGUCCUCCAAGAGGCCGCCAGCCCGGAUCUGGAAUCCUUGAGACUUGAGGUCAAGUCCUGGUGGCACCCUACUGAACGCUUUUACCCGGGCCACCAUGGCUCUGAAACCCGAGGAUCGGAUGAUGGAGGCUUUGGUCAAGAAGGCUCUGAUGCAGAAGGAUCUGCUGCAGAAGCCUUCGGCGGCGAAAGCGCUGGUGUCGAGGAGCCCUCUGCAGCGGAGGGAUCUGAUGGCGAAGAAGGUUCAGAUGCUGCUGAAUCUGAUCACGACCCGACCACCAGCCCGGCCUUACUGGACAUCGUCUUGCAAUCACCAAAGGCCUUACGGAAGCUCAAGUGUUUAUCAUUCACUGGCGAGUUGGCCAGCCCCAAGGUCUUCACCCUCUUGCCCCAAUCACUCGUCAAACUGGCUUGGGAACAUUGUAAUAUCCUGCCAGCUCGGCUCGCUAUCAGACUCUCUAAUCCAGUCGAAAGCCAACAAUCUUUGCCAAAUUUGUUGUGUUGCUCUGUUCGUAUUCGUUAUGAUUGGAAAGAGGCCGAUCGCCAGACAAUCCAAAGAGUAUUACGAGCGCGAGGGGGAUGUCUUCAUGAAGAUAUUGACGAUAGCUAUGGGUUCGCGGAGACUGAGAGUCAACAGGAGCGGGAAGGACAGGAGUACAAUUCGUUAGAUCGCCAAAUCGCUCGUGCUUCUCCCCGAUUUGAUGACUGGAGAGAUGUCUGGGACGGGUAA